AUGGCUUUUGCGGCGCGCCCCUCGCGGGGGGUGUCGCUGAGCGCCGCGGAGGAGUGGAUGAUGUCGCUCACCGCCCAGGGCGCCAUCGGCACGGUGAACCCCAAGGAACCGUCCUCGGUCGUGUCGGCCAUGCGGUUCCUCCUGCAGAUGUCUGCGGACCUCGAGCGGCACGGCAACCACCCGGAGAGCGUCAAGUGCGCGGAGUCCGCGUUGCUGCUGCGUCACGCCAACGAGGCGGCUGUGGCGCCGCUGCUCGCGCCCCUCAUCGCAGAAGGGCUUCUGCCGCGUGGCGGCAGUAGCGUGGAGCAGGCGGAGGAGCUCGUGCUGCGCUGCAACGGCUACGCUGUGGCUGCCUUCAACGAAAAGCGGUUUGGGGCCGCCGAGUUCUUCCUCGGAAAGGCGCUCUUCCUCACCGAUGUGCGAGACGCGGAGGAGGCAAACUACUUCCUUGGCGUGGAACCGCGUCGGCUGCGGCUGCGUGCCGCGACGCUGAACAACCUCGGCUGCAUGGAAAAGCGGCGGCGGCGGCUGGAGGAGUCGCUUGGGUACCUGCGACAGGCGGUGGAACUGGAAGUCUCCCUCGACCCCACCUCGCGCGGGUCACCGUCGACGUACCUGAACCUUUGCACUGUGCUGAAUGAACUCAACCAGCACCACGACGCGGUGAACGCCGCGGAGAACGCCAUUGCAGCGCUUGAGGAGCAGAUGCCGCGGCAGAAGAAGGAGCAACUGCCGGCGUGCGCUAUGAUGUUGGUUGUCGGACUCUACAACUUGGGCGUCUCCCUCGAGCACCGCGGCCGCGACGGCGACGCUGCCAAGUCCCGCGCCGCGUACGACCGCGCCCUCGAGGCGAGUCGGAAGUACUUCGUGGACCCCAACUGCCCCACCGUCGAACUCGCAAUGGCGGCGCUGCGUCGCAUGCAUGCGGCACCAGCAUUUCGUCUGGAUCGAGUGGAAGCAAGGGCGCAGAGGAAAACGCAGGCGUCCUCCGUUCCGACACAAGAGUUACUACCGCCACCCCCACCGUCGCCGGCGCAGGAAGAACGGCAGGAGCAGCAGAGGCCGAAACAGGAGCAGCCAUCUUCAGAAGGGGUGCGUGAGGGACCAGAGGAGCAAGGGGCACAAGAGCAGCAGGAAACGCAGGGGACUCCAAUCUCCUGCUUGGCUCCAAUCAUCGGGGUGGCGACUCGUGAGAGUUCGCGGCGGCAAAGCAGCCAGUCACACGGAUCACGCGCGGCCAUGGAACGCUCCACUGCUUCCGCGCCAUUCGCUUCGUUGCUACUGUCCACGGCUGGAAGUGCGCCUCCUUCAUUGCCGAAGGUAGACGCACUCGCGCCACUUCGUACCCCCUCACUACCGAUGCAGGCGCACACGGUGCCUGGCCCCACGGUUUCACACGUGGUGAGAAAGGAGUUUGGCUCCGUUCCACUUCACGCAGAGAUCCCCACCGCCAACGGAAAAGCAGCCCCACUAGGUGCGCCGCUGAACGCAUUUGGUAGCGCCACGAAGCAACCCGUUCCACGGCCGGCCGUCUUGGCCCCGCUGCGAACGGAGGGCGGAACGACGCCGAGCUCAAUCAGCCCAACAAGGGAGCGACCGCGCGGUCUGAGCCUCAGCUCGAUAUCCCUGUCGAAGUCGAUCCCAAAAACGGGUGCCUCACACAGCACCUCCGCUUUGCCCGGAGCUCCAAACCCGUUUGGCCGCCGCACCUUUGGGAGUUCCGCGGUGAUAGAAGCGCAGAGUUCCAAUUCACUUCAGCAGUCACGGCGAAGCAUCGUGGGGGCAGAGGCGGAUGCGAUGGAAAAACAUGUGAAACGGUCCUUGGUGCGGCAGGCAAAGGCAGAGGAGGCAAAGAAGCGAGCAGGUGUCGUUGGGAGACGCGGUAGUGCACUUGCCAAGGCGAAGGAACGGGAGGAAAAACGGCUGGCCAAGGAGGAGGCCAAAAAUGAUGCCGAGAUGGCGGAAAACUUGUAUGAACGCUUUGUGAGUGGCAUGCGGGCAGAAAAGAUGAGCCAAUGCCAUCGGGCCGCCACACGCAUUCAACGCAUCUGGCGCGGAUGCAUGGCCCGCACGCUGCUGCUUCGGAUGGUGGUUGCGGCCCGAAGGAUACAACGCGUGUUUCGCGUCCACCUCGGCAAGCUGCUCGCCGCCCGUCGGGCAGAAGAAGAACGACUCGCUCAGCUUCAAGCCGAGCGCGAGCGGCGGGAAACGGAGGCUGCCAUUCUGCUGCAAGGACGCGUGCGGCAAUUCCUCCGCAGGUUAGACAUCCGGCGGGCCUACGUCGCAGGCAAGAUGCGGCGGCACUACGCCGCACGGCAUAUUCAACGCGCGUUCCGAGCCUUCCUGAAGCGGAAAGAGGAACGCCUCGCGGCCCUGAUGGAGGCGCAACGUUUGGAGGACGAACGAAAGCUGCAAGUGGCAAUGCACGCCGCCCGACGCAUCCAAUGGACAUUUAGACGCUACCUGCAACGCAAGCAGGAGAUUCUGGCCGCGGAGAAGCAGCGACGGCGCGAGCGGGCGGCGGCGACGAUACAGGCCCUGGUGCGUGGAGUCUUGGCUCGGGCGUGGUUCCGCUACUACAAGUCCUACCGCCGCGAGCAGGAGCUGAGGUCGGCGGUGAACCAAAAGCGGAUUACCCUCAUCCAGGCGUAUGCCGGCGUUCUUCUUGCGGUUCGACUUCGUCGUGAGAAGGAGGUGGAUCUUGUGAAGCGUCUCCGUCAGCAGCGGCUAAGGCGCGCGGCGACGCGGAUUCAGUGCCAAUGGCGGAAGCGUGUCGCGCGCAUCAAGCUGGAACGUCUGCUUGCGGAGCACAAUAUGCGACAGCGACGGGCGACGAAGAUUCAGCGGUGGUACGCCACCUGCGUCCUGCGUCGAAGAUUCCUCGAGACGCGUGAACGGAACCGGCGUCAGAGCGCGGCUGUAAAAAUUCAGCAGUGGUACCAUUCCUGCAGGACGCGUUCGAAGGAGAGGGCAAUGGCACGCUAUUACGGCGAAGUUGCCCGCCGACAGCGACUGGGGCUUCUCCAGGCGCAGUCUAUACUCCUGCUGCAAUCAUGGGGGCGAUGCUUCCUUAGUACUGUGCUCGUUCAAAGUGUGCGAAGUUCCUUUUUGCGUCUUACGUUGUAUGCGGAGGAGUUUCAGCGCAUUGGACGAGGCUACGCGGGUCGCCGUCUUGCGUGCAGCAUACGGUGCCGUCUUAUUUAUGAAUCCAGGAUGCGGGUGGAGCUCGAUCGAAAAGUGGUGGCCGCCUGCGUCAUUCAGCGUGCGUGGCGGUGUGCCAUGGCCAGGGACACGGUGGAGCGUAUGCGGCGGCGUCAGGCGGCCAGCGUGUGCAUUGCCACACACUAUCGUGGAUAUUUGUGUCGCAAGGAGCUUCGUCGCCUGCGUGAGGCCAAGCGGUUGGAGCAGGAAACACGCGCGGUGCUUGUUAUGCAGCGGACGGUGCGUCAGUUCCUCCUGCGGCUGGAGCUCGUUCGCCUCGACCAGUACCACAGGAAGCAGCACCAAAAGAAACUCCUUCUGACACGACGUGAAGAGGCUGUCGUCACUUUACAAGCAGCGUGGCGUGGGCGGGCGACGCGAAUGGCACUCGCGCGUGAGCGCAGGGCGUUAGAGGCCCUUGCGGUGUACGUUGUGAAGAUUCAGCAGGCGUGGCGCGCGCGCAAAUUCCGCCGGAACGUCAACACCGUGGUGGAGCGGCGUUCCAGCGAACGGAUGUGUCGUUCCCGGGCGGCACUCACCAUUCAGUGCUUCUGGAGGAAAAUGGCGGCGGCGGAGGAGGCCGCCCGCCUGCGUGAAGUGAGCCGCAUUCGCCAGGCGAAGGUGAUUGUUCUCCAGUGCUGGUGGCGCCGGAUCUUGGCGCGCUUGGAGCUCGAGACCCUUCGAACGCAACGCAAGGAGGAGCUCGCGCUGCAGCUGCACUACAUGGACAAGUGGGAUGAUACCGUGACGCGCAUCAACGCCGCCCUGCGUGUUCGCGCCGCCCAGCAGGAGUUGUUGGCGCGCAAACGCAAACAGCUCCUCGCCCGCUUGACGGACAAGGAGCGGGAGCGCUUCUUAAGGCGUCACGGGUCGGCGGUGAAGAUACAGGCGGUGUACCGCGGCCACUACGAGCGCGUCUACGCGCGCGGACUUCGACGCGAAAAGGAACUGGAGGAACGCCGCCAACGCGAGCGCGCGGCGCUGGAGCGGCGCAGUGCGGUCAUAAUUCAGUGCGCGUAUCGAUCGUGGCGGGCCAUUCAUGAGGCAAACGCCCGGCGCGCCGCAAAGCGCGAGAAGGCGUUAGCGGAGGAGAUGGAGCAUUUGGCCACCGUGGAUCCGCACGAGGUCGUUCGGCAGCUGUUUUGGGUGCACGAGUUCACCACGAAGAGGGAUUUGGUUAAGCGACGGCUUGACUACGCCAACGCGCGUCGCAAAGCGGCCGAGGUGAUUCAAAGGGCGGUUCGUCAGUGGCUUUCAAAGCGGAGGCUGGAGAAGCUGCGCCGCGAGACGGUCGAGACCUACGCAGCGAAGAUUAUUCAGGACUAUUGGAAGCAGCACCGCGUGCGUGAGCUUCAAAAGUCCAAUGAGAGGGAGGCGCGGGCCGCCGUCAUUAUUCAGACACGCUUCCGCGGCUACCUGGUGCGACAGGAGUGGAAAGAGUGGCGAAGCCAAAUGGCAUACGAGCAGCAGCAUCAGGUGCUCGAGGAAGAUGUCUACGAUCGCGCCGCCACGGUGCUUCAGUCGUUCUGGCGACGCAUUCGGGCGCAGCGUAUGGCGGCGCAGUUACGGGAGGAGAGGCGGAGAAGCAAGGUUCAGCAGCUUUUGGACGAGGCCGCCAGCACAAUUCAAAGUGCAUACCGCCAUUAUAGGCAGCGUCGUGCCAUUGAGCGGCACACGAAUGUAUUAUAG